AACAGCCCGGCGUUGAUGAGCAAAGAGGGCUGUGCGUUUGCCAGCUUUAAAAUAUUGAAUUUUACACUACUUUAUUUUCGUUCUCAACAAAAAUAAUCUAAAAAAACACAUUUUCGAAUUGAAACAAAACAAAACAUGUCAUAUAUGGUCAAGAGUGGUAAGGCGUUGGACAGGAAAUACUUAAAAUGAUCAGGCACUUUUGGGGGCAACUGUGCAGUGCGCUCGCUUUGUACACCAGGGCGUCCCGUUAAUCCCCCCACAGUGACUAAACUAAACUGUAUGAAAAACAUUCAUUGGUUAUGAAUGUAAGCUCCGCAGCCGUCGGGGUCAACAGUUCUAACGACGCCUUGCUAACAUGUACACAGAGCUGAAGGACCCCAUGCAUAAGCACGAGAUAUCUAUAGCUUGAAAGGAUGAAGUCCAAGAAGAAGAAGAGACAGGAUGACUUCCAGAAGGUGAAGUUAAAAGUGGGAAAGACGAAACCCAAAGCUGAUAAUGCCACCAACACCAACUUCCGUACAAAGGGAAUCCAUUUAUCUGAACAGCUGAAGAGAGACACAAGUGGUCCCACCACCCACAGACAGCUUGGUAUUAAUGAGCUUCUGUCUCAGCUCCACCAUUACAAUGCCAAUGUCAAACAUAGUGCCUUGAUGGGUUUGAAAGAGUUGCUGUCUCUCAGUCCUUCUCUGUUAGAGCAGCAUCUGUCUCGCUUGCUUUCUGAAGUGGCAGCUGUUUUCACGGACAAGGAUGGCAACGUUCGGGUGGCAGCUACACGUGUGCUCAGGUUAAUUGCACAGUCUGUGCCUGCAGAACGAGUGGCUCCAUUUUUCCCCCUCCUCAGUGCCCACCUGUCCUGUGCCAUGACUCACAUUGAGCCAGCCAUCCAGGAGGAUGCCAUGAAAGUUCUUGAUGUGUUGCUGGAGCACUACCCAGGUCUGCUAGCUUCACGGCCUGCUGUACUUCUCACUAACUUCCUGGAGUUGAUUUCCCACAAACAAAACAGCACUGGUGCCAAAAAAACACAAGAUGCAAAGGGACGGACGUGGGCACUAUCAGUCAAUCCAAGCAGGGCUGUUACAAGCCAGCAGUGGCGGCUCUCUGUUCUUUCCAGGCUUGGACGCUUUCUGCAGGCAGUGGUUGAGGAAAGACCAGUGGAGGAAAGUGAUAUUUUUGUUCAAACUGAAGGAGUGUUUGGUUCCAGUGGACAUGGCAGGCUUACACCUCUCUGUCUAAACUGGGAAGAGCUCACCUACAACAAGGUUGGAGUCAGGGUGUAUGAGCAUUCUGGGGCCAAACCAACUCCACGGUCCACCUUUAAACUCAGACCGGAGGUGGAACCUGGACCUGCAGUGGGUGAGGGUCUGGAAUCAGCUGAUUCGGUGCAAAGCUUUGCAGCCACUCUGGUGCCUCUUCUGUUGGAAGUUUGGGUAGAAGCCAGUACCAGCGACUGCACCUGGAACAGCAGUGAGGGUGCUCACCUGCUCACCCCAGAGGCAAUGUCAGUAAUGUUCCAAGUGUUGUCGAUUCUGCAGCUGCUGAGAAAACUGGCACCUCAGCAGGAGCAUCGGGAUGCACUGGAUGCAUGGUUUCAUAAAGAAUACCUGGGAGACUUUAAGCAGCACUUCAUGAAGAACUUUCCCUAUGGUUCUCGGGAUACACCCAGACAUAGGAAGAAAGGUGAUCUCAAAAGGUCAAAGCAGACUGCAGCUGUCCCAGGAUUCACGGUGGAGCCUCUGGCCCUUAACAUCACACUCUGUCAGGUCAUGGUGUCCCUCAGUCAGAGGCAAGGAGUUGGUCGAGAGACAGACGGAGACUGGCUGACACCUCUGAGAACAUUUGUGAGAGACACUCUGGGCAGCGGGGUUAAGCUGAGCUACAAGCAGCUCCACAUGCUACUGGGUACUGUGUUGAAGAUGGUGCUCACACAGAGGAGCAAAACAGUGACAGAGGAGCUGUUGGCAGCUGUGUAUGUGUACUACAAGCAGAGGAACCUGACUUUGCAGACACGAUCGCUGCUGCUGUCGUUCUACAGCAAACUCUAUCUGCAGGAGCAAGGACACACACAUAUAGCAAGGAGUAAGGUGCUGAGUCGCUGGUUGGCAUAUCUCCCUCUGCAGUUGUCCCAGCUGGGCCACCGUAACCCUGCUCUCUCCGCACGAGUUAUCAUGUCCAUCCAGGCUGCCGCUUCACGAGGAAACAAAGACCUGCUCAACAGUCUGCAGACAAACGCCUGCACGCUCUAUGAUCCACAGGAGGGGGUCGUGGUCCUGUUACCAUCAGAGACACAGCAACAAAUGGUGCAGCUGCUCUACUUCCUGCCCAAGAUGCCCCAGUCCCUGCUGGCCAAUCUGAGCUGCUGCUGCACAACCGGACGAAUCUCUGCCAGCCUCGCCGCCUCUCUUAUUCGUAUUGUCCACUUUAGGUCAUCUCUGAGUGGCUGGUCCGUUGGGAGCCAGGAAGCGGCUCUGCAGGACGUGGACUACAUCAGCUUCCUGUUCUCCACCCUGACGGGCUUCUCCUCCGACAGGCUGGCCUCUCUGCAAGAGGAUGACGACGAUUGCCUGCCUCCCUCACCUCUGUCACCGCUCAGCCUUUACCCCACGCCUCUUGAGCAGUUCACACACCAGUGGGAUAUUGUUGAGGAAGUCUGCCACUCUUUGGAGACUCUGGGUUCAAAGUCACAGUGCUUUGACGUCUUGCAAAAUGGCAUUUGCAAAUACCUGACGAAGUUAGGGAUUGUACCUGACAACAUGGCAGCGGGGCUGCUCAGAGCUGUGUCCAGACUAAUGGACCUGUCCGUCUUGCCCAUCGAGCCUGUGCUGCGCUUCCUGUCUCAGUGCUGCCUCAGCCUGCUGGCUCUGCUCGUCACUCUGCAGCAGGAGUUGCCCACCGAAACAAACCACAAGAGGGAGGCCAUAUGGGGUGCCUGUGUGUCAGCGUUGAGCACUGUUCCUCGCCUGCUUCGAAUGGUCCUGCAGUUGCUGCGAGUUGGAGAUCUGAGCGAGGACGAGCUUCCACAGCUGGGACAGAUCCUGUCAAUGCUGCUACAACACACACCGAUCCAAAACCAGCUGCUGGCCAACGCCACUCUGCUGCAGGAGAUCAUACAGCAGCUCACGAGGUAUUCAAGAGGAGCGACCAGGGAGCAGUGGCUGACGGACUUACUCUACUGUUACAGUGUCACUGUGACGCAUGGCUCAUCGGCUCGACGUGGAACCCUCGGCCUUCGAGACAUGUACUGACCCCUCACCAAUAUCUCGUAACUUUUACAAAAAAGGACACUCACAGCUCGGCAUUGAUAACACACACCUAAACGUACAGACAGCAAGAACAGUGCAAAGUUGUUUUUUUAAAUCUGAUUGAAAAAGACUACUCCACAUUUUGUUUUUACCGCUACUUUUUCUGUGUCUUGGGCUGACUCUUCAUUCCUUAUUCGUUAUCUUGUGAACUAUUUGUCUUUAGUCACCUCCUCUGACAGUUGUUGUUUCUGGUUGUGCGUUCUGAAAGCACAUGGCUAUCUUUUUGAUUUAACUAAAUUAAACUGAAAAGAAAAAAAAGAAGCAAAAAUAAAAACUCAAACCCAAGCA